CCCGCAGUCACGAGCAAGCCCAGAGAGAGAGAGAACGACUGAUGUCAUGCACAGGGCCAGACACGGCAGCUAAGGAAAGUCAUCGUCUCGACCACCAACCCGUUGGGAUAUUAUCCUUUUCGCAUCUGUAAUCUCUCUCAGUCUGGUUGGUUCCUCCACCCCUCUGUGACCUGGGGAUGAAUGCACCAAUGAGGAGCCUCACAGGUAUGCCUGAUCGCAUGUUAUGUGCAGUGCUGGAGCAAUUUCAGCUUUACUUUUCCCUUUGAUCCACUCUCUGUAUAGCACAGCUAGUCCCAGCAUGCUGAAGAGGAAACAGAGUUCCCGGGUCGAGGCCCAGCCCAUGACCGACUUUGGGCCAGAUGAGACCCUUGCGGACAGUGCUGACAUCUUCUGGAUAAACAAACCAUGGGUCCAUUCCUUGCUUCGAGCUUGUGCCAUCAUCAGUGUCAUCUCUGUUUGUAUGAACACUCCUAAGACCUUUGAGCAUUACCCUCCGCUACAGUAUGUGACAUUUACCCUGGACACGCUGCUCAUGUUCCUCUACACUGCCGAGAUGAUAGCGAAGAUGCAUAUAAGAGGAAUCAUCAAGGGUGACAACUCCUAUGUGAAAGAUCGCUGGUGUAUGUUUGAUGGAUUCAUGGUGUUUUUCAUCUGGGUCUCCUUGGUGCUUCAGGUUUUUGAAAUAGCAAAGCUUGUGGAUCAGAUGUCUCCAUGGGGAAUGUUGAGAAUACCGCGAGCGCUAAUAAUGAUCCGUGCCUUUAGGAUCUACUUCCGCUUUGAGCUCCCCCGUUCCCGGAUCACCAACAUUCUGAAACGCUCCGGGGAACAGAUCUGGAGUGUCUCAAUCUUCCUCCUGUUUUUUCUCCUGCUCUAUGGAAUUUUGGGUGUUCAGAUGUUUGGAACCUUCAAUCGUCACUGUGUUACAAAUAAUACAGAAAAACACAGUGUGACGUGGAACAGCUUUGCCAUCCCCGAUACUCACUGCUCCCCUGAUGGAGAGGGCUACCAGUGCCCUCUUGGGUUCAAAUGUGUGGAUCUAGAAGAUUAUGGCCUCACCAGACAGGAGCUUGGUUACAGUGGAUUCAAUGAAUUAGGUACAAGUAUCUUCACUGUGUAUCAGGCUGCAUCACAGGAGGGUUGGGUUUUUCUCAUGUACAGAGCCAUCGACAGUUUCCCGCGCUGGCGCUCCUACUUCUACUUUAUAACUCUCAUUUUCUUCUUGGCUUGGCUUGUCAAGAAUGUGUUUAUUGCUGUCAUCAUUGAGACGUUUGCAGAGAUCAGAGUUCAAUUCCAGCAGAUGUGGGGGUCGAGGAGCAGUACCACAUCAACUGCUACAACACAGAUGUUCCAUGAAGACGCUGCCGGAGGAUGGCAGCUUGUUGCUGUGGAUGUCAACAAACCACAUGGUAGAGCGCCUGCUUGCCUUCAGCAAAUGAUGAGGUCCUCUGUCUUCCAUAUGUUCAUCCUCACUAUGGUCGCUGUGGAUGUCAUUGUGGCCGCCAGCAACUAUUACAAAGGCGAGAAUUACCAAAGGCACUAUGAUGAGUUCUACCUGGCAGAGGUUGCUUUUACUGUGCUCUUCGACCUUGAAGCUCUGCUGAAAAUUUGGUGCCUCGGCUUCACUGGCUACAUCAGCUCCUCCUUACACAAGUUCGAAUCUCUCCUGGUGGUGGGCACCACGUUGCACAUCUACCCUGAUCUGUAUCACUCCCAGUUCACCUACUUUCAGGUGCUACGUGUGGUGCGCCUGAUAAAAAUUUCUCCUGCUCUAGAAGACUUUGUGUAUAAGAUAUUUGGUCCAGGUAAAAAACUGGGCAGCCUGGUGGUCUUCACGGCCAGCCUCCUCAUCGUCAUGUCAGCCAUCAGUUUGCAAAUGUUCUGUUUUGUGGAGGAGCUAGACCGCUUUACAACUUUUCCCAGGGCGUUCAUGUCCAUGUUCCAGAUCCUAACCCAAGAGGGCUGGAUAGAUGUCAUGGACCAGACUCUGGUGGCUGUCGGAACAAUGUGGGCUCCAGUCGUAGCCAUUUACUUCAUCCUCUACCAUCUGUUUGCUACCCUGAUUCUUCUGAGUCUUUUUGUGGCUGUUAUCUUGGACAAUCUCGAGUUGGACGAAGACUUAAAGAAGCUCAAACAGCUCAAGCAAAGCGAAGCCAACGCAGACACCAAAGAGAAGCUCCCUUUACGACUCAGGAUCUUUGAAAAGUUCCCCAACAGACCUCAGAUGGUGAAGAUCUCAAAGCUGCCAUCUGAUUUCACUGUGCCCAGAAUCAGAGAGAGUUUUAUGAAGCAGUUUAUUGAUCGUCAGCAGCAGGAUACCAGCUGUUUGUUCCGCCGUCUCCCCUCAGCUUCAUCCUCUUCCUGUGACCACUCCAAACGAUCAGCCAUUGAAGACAACAAGUAUAUUGACCAAAAGCUUCGCAGAUCAAUUUUUAGCAUUCGUGCCCGCAACCUCUUGGAGAAAGAGACGACAGUCAAUAAAAUCCUACGGGCUUGCACCAGGCAGCGGAUUCUGAGUGGUUCUUUUGAAGGGCAGCCAGCCAAAGAACGCUCAAUACUCAGUGUGCAGCACCAUAUACGACAAGAGCGCAGAUCUCUGCGACAUGGAUCCACCAGUCAGAGGAUCAGCCGGGGGAAGUCGCUGGAAACGCUCACCCAGGAUCAUUCCAGCACAGUGCGCUACCGCAAUGCUCAGAGGGAGGACAGUGAGAUCAAGAUGAUCCAAGAAAAGAAAGAACAGGCAGAAAUGAAAAGAAAGGUUCAGGAGGAGGAGCUGAGGGAAAACCACCCUUACUUUGAUAAGCCUCUUUUCAUCGUGGGUCGUGAGCAUCGCUUCAGAAACUUCUGCAGGAUGAUCGUCCGGGCACGCUUCAAUGCAUCAAAAACUGACCCGAUAACAGGAGCAGUGAAGAACACCAAAUACCAUCAGCUGUACGAUCUUCUGGGCUUAGUCACCUAUCUGGACUGGGUGAUGAUUGUGGUGACCAUCUGCUCCUGCAUCUCCAUGAUGUUUGAAUCACCCUUCACCAGGGUCAUGCACGUCCCCACUCUGCAGAUUGGGGAGUAUGUGUUUGUGAUAUUCAUGAGCAUCGAACUCAACCUAAAGAUCAUGGCCGACGGUCUGUUCUUCACUCCUACGGCCGUUAUCCGGGACUUUGGAGGAGUGAUGGACAUCUUCAUCUAUCUUUUGAGUCUGAUCUUUCUCUGCUGGCUUCCUGCUGACGUCCCCCCUGAGUCUGGAGCUCAGCUGCUGAUGAUGCUGCGCUGCCUCCGCCCGCUCAGGAUCUUCAAGCUGGUUCCUCAGAUGAGGAAGGUUGUGCGGGAGGUUCUUAAAGGAUUCAAGGAGAUUUUCCUGGUUUCCAUUCUGCUUCUCACGCUGAUGCUGGUGUUCGCAAGCUUUGGAGUUCAACUGUUCGCCGGAAAGCUGGCCAAAUGCAACGACCCACGAAUCCUUAAACGGGAGGAUUGCUAUGGCAUCUUCCGGAUAAAUGUGAGUGUUUCCAGAAAUCUCAACCUGAAGCUGAGGGCUGAGGAGAAGAAACCUGGUUUCUGGGUACCAAGAGUCUGGGCAAAUCCUCGAAAUUUUAACUUUGACAAUGUCGGCAAUGCUAUGUUGGCUCUUUUUGAAGUUCUGUCCCUCAAAGGCUGGGUAGAGGUCAGAGAUGUCAUUAUUCACCGAGUUGGGCCGAUCCAUGGCAUCUACAUCCAUGUCUUUGUGUUUCUGGGAUGCAUGAUUGGCCUCACGCUGUUCGUCGGAGUCGUCAUAGCGAACUUCAAUGAGAACAAAGGCACUGCCCUGCUAACAGUGGACCAGAGGAGAUGGGAGGAUCUUAAGAGCCGACUGAAAAUAGCCCAACCGCUCCACCUGCCCCCCCGCCCAGAGAAUGGAGGUUUCCGGGCUAAGAUGUAUGACAUUACUCAGCAUCCCUUUUUCAAACGCGGCAUUGCUGUGUUGGUUUUGGCACAGUCUGUCCUGCUGUCAGUUAAGUGGGAUGUAGGUGAUGACAAAGUUACCUUUCCUCUUGCCACCAUGUCUGUAGUCUUCACCUUUAUAUUUGUAUUGGAAGUGACAAUGAAGCUGAUAGCCAUGUCUCCAGCUGGGUACUGGCAGAGCAGACGAAAUCGUUACGAUCUUCUGGUCACUUCACUGGGUGUCAUUUGGAUAGUUCUGCACUUUUCCUUAUUGAAUGCAUAUACAUACAUGAUGGGAACGUGUGUGAUCGUCUUCAGGUUCUUCACGAUAUGUGGGAAACAUGUGACACUGAAGAUGCUGCUGCUGACCGUGGUGGUAAGCAUGUACAAGAGCUUCUUUAUCAUCGUGGGAAUGUUCCUCCUGCUCCUGUGCUACGCUUUCGCUGGAGUCGUUCUCUUUGGAACGGUCAAAUACGGCGAGAACAUAAACCGGCAUGCCAACUUCUCCACAGCAGGCAAAGCCAUCACUGUUCUUUUCCGUAUUGUCACAGGAGAAGAUUGGAAUAAGAUCAUGCAUGACUGCAUGGUUCAACCUCCAUUCUGCACCCCUGACAAACAUCGGUACUGGGAGACUGAUUGUGGCAACUAUGCAGGAGCAUUGAUUUACUUUUGUUCAUUCUAUGUUAUCAUAGCAUAUAUUAUGCUCAACCUUCUUGUAGCCAUCAUUGUGGAGAACUUCUCUCUCUUCUACUCCACUGAAGAAGACCAGCUGCUGAGUUAUAACGACCUGAGGCACUUCCAAAUCAUCUGGAACAUGGUGGAUGACAAACGGGAGGGAGUGAUCCCAACAUCCAGGGUGAAGUUUCUGCUUCGUUUGCUGAGAGGAAGGCUGGAAGUGGACCUGGACAAGGACAAACUCCUGUUUAAACACAUGUGCUAUGAAAUGGAGCGACUUCACAGUGGAGGAGAUGUGACAUUUCAUGAUGUGCUGAGCAUGCUGUCAUAUCGCUCGGUGGACAUUAGGAAGUCUCUCCAGCUGGAGGAGCUGUUGGCCAGGGAACAGCUGGAGUACACCAUUGAAGAGGAGGUCGCCAAGCAGACCAUCCGCAUGUGGCUCAAGAAAUGCCUUAAACGCAUUCGGGCGAAGCAGCAUCAGUCGUGCAGCAUCAUCCACAGCCUGAGAGAGAGCCAGCAGCAGGAGCUGAGCUCUUUCCUCAACCCUCCCAGCAUAGAAACCACGGUGCCGAGUGAAGACCACAAUGCUAACAACCCAGAUAACCCCUCGCAGCCUGAGAUGAGUGGCCUCCAGCAGCUUCUGAGCCCCACGUUGUCAGACAGAGGAGGGUACAGACAGGACUCCACAGACCUGGGGAGACCACAGAGAAAGUUGGGACAGUGGCGGCUGCCUGCAGGUCGUACGAGUGUCAAAUCUAUUGUUUGCAAGAUGAACCCUGGCAACGACGAGGCCUCUUCGGGGUCAGAGGUGAAGAAGUGGUGGACCCGUCAGCUGACUGUGGAGAGCGACGAGAGCGGAGACGACCUCAUCGACAUUUAGAGACGACGUCCGACUGAUGUUUUCUUUCUUCUUUACAGAUCGGAUGGGAAGCUUGCUGGUGGAUUCAGACCUUUUCACUUCUUGUUUCUGUAGGCCGAUGAGUGAAAACAGUGUCGCCGCUUCAUUUUACCGCUACUUUUAUCAGAAGGGUUCGAUCAGCUGUGUGUGAAGCUUAACCUGGAGUGGAUCAUUCAUUGAGGCAGCCAUUUAGGCAUGGAUUAGUGUUAUGUGUCCCAUGUGCUGUGCACUUCUGAGUUUUUCUAUGCAGGCGCAUCCGGUGUAAAAGCAGACUGUUGACUUAGGCCAUACAUUAGGUGUAUUCAUGAACCCAACCGAGAAGCUGCUGCGGUGUGUGUUUUCUACUGUUCUACAUGUCAAUAUCUUAAUCAACUUCUGUCCUUCGAUUUCUUUGAUUUGUCUCUGUUUCUCAUUCCUUGCAUUUCUGAUAAUGUCUCUUGAGUUUUUCAGUGGUGAUUGUUAACUGUUGUUUGUCUCAUUGUCACUUUAUACAAAAACGUAUAUGUCAUUUUUUUUAUCUGGACAAGAAAAUGGAAAAACAAAAUAUACAGUUUUGACUGUGAAUGUAUUUAAAGUUACAUUAGUGUGUAUUGUGCAGCUUUAAAACAACUAUUUUGUAAGUUAUUAGAAACACUUAUAUUUAUUAUUCUAUUAAAGGCCUAUUGGGCAUUUAUGAGAAACACA